CCGCCGGCGGUUUCGUCGUGGCGGCGAAGGAGGGUAGGGAGGUGCAGAGGGAAGUCGGAGUCUGUAGGAUUUGCAGCGACGAGAUUGGGUUGAAGGAGAAUGGCGAGGUGUUCGUGGCUUGCAAUGAGUGUGGCUUCCCGGUUUGCCGGCCGUGCUAUGAGUAUGAGCGGAGGGAGGGGAGCCAGACCUGCCCGCAAUGCAACAGGCGUUAUAAGCGUCUUAAAGGUAGUCCGAGAGUUGACGGAGAUGAAGAAGAUGAGGGUGAACAAGACGAUUCAGUGGAAGAUUUCCAAAACAACAGCAGAAAGAGGGCAGUACAGGAUAAUCAAGCAUUCGAUACGCAGUCGCUAAAAAGCGAGCAAGCUCAUCAAUGGAGGACCAAUGUUGCAGCUUAUUCUUCCUUUGGGAGUGUUGCUGGGAAGGAUUUAGAAGCCGAGAGGGAGAUGGAAGCCAACAUGGAAUGGAGAGAAAGGUUGGAGAAAUGGAAAGCGAUGCAGGAGAAGAGAGGACUAACAGACAAAGAAGAAGAAGAUGAUAAUGAUCAGGAGAUUGAAGAAGACUACAUGCUCAUGGCGGAGGCCCGGCAACCCCUAUGGCGCAAAGUCCCAAUCCCCUCAAGCCGAAUAAACCCAUACCGCAUCGUCAUCAUCAUCCGCCUCGUCGUCCUCGCCUUCUUCCUCCGUUUCCGCAUCACCACUCCCGCCGACGACGCCUUCGCCCUCUGGCUAAUCUCCGUCAUCUGCGAAAUCUGGUUCGCCUUCUCGUGGAUCCUCGACCAGUUUCCCAAAUGGUUGCCCGUCACUCGCGAGACUUAUCUCGACCGCCUCUCGGCCCGCUUCGAAUCCCGGCUCUCCGCCGUCGAUCUCUUCGUCAGCACGGUCGAUCCGCUCAAAGAGCCGCCGAUCAUCACUGCCAACACAGUGCUUUCGAUCCUGGCCGUCGAUUACCCCGUCGAAAAAGUCAGCUGCUACGUUUCUGAUGAUGGGUCGUCGAUGUUGCUGUUCGACGCGCUGGCGGAGACGGCGGAGUUCGCGCGGCGGUGGGUGCCGUUUUGUAAGAAGCAUGCGGUGGAGCCGAGGGCGCCGGAGUUUUAUUUCUCGGAGAAGAUUGAUUAUCUAAAGGAUAAGGUGCAGCCGAGCUUCGUUAAGGAGCGAAGAGCCAUGAAGAGAGAAUAUGAGGAGUUUAAGGUGAGGAUGAACUCAUUGGUGGCUAAGGCGCAGAAGAAGCCCGAAGAGGGCUGGGUGAUGCAGGAUGGCACGCCUUGGCCUGGGAACAACACGAGGGACCAUCCCGGCAUGAUCCAGGUAUACCUGGGAAGCCAGGGCGCGCUUGACGUAGAAGGCAAGGAGCUGCCCAAGCUGGUUUAUGUUUCUCGUGAGAAGAGGCCUGGCUACCAGCAUCACAAGAAAGCAGGAGCCAUGAACGCACUGGUUCGAUGCUCGGCCGUGUUAACAAAUGCUCCGUUCAUCCUGAAUCUGGACUGCGAUCACUACAUAAACAACAGCAAGGCCAUUAGAGAGGCUAUGUGCUUUCUAAUGGACCCUCAGCUUGGGAAGAAGCUCUGCUACGUGCAGUUUCCUCAGAGGUUCGAUGGCAUUGAUCUCAACGAUCGAUAUGCGAAUCGGAACGUGGUCUUCUUCGAUAUCAAUAUGAAGGGAUUGGAUGGGAUCCAAGGUCCGGUCUACGUCGGCACCGGAUGCGUCUUCAACCGCCAGGCUCUCUACGGCUACGAUCCACCCAAGACCGAGAAGCGCCCGAAGAUGACUUGCGACUGCUGGCCCUCCUGGUGUUGCUGCUGCUGCUGUGGUGGCUCGAGGAAGAAGGCGAAGUCCAAAACCACGAGAUUUGGCCUCCCCGACGAAGAGAGAAAGUCAUCAGCUUUCAGCAGCAUUCGGCUUUUCGGGAAGAAGAAGAAGAAGAUGAAGAAGAAUAAAGGAUAUAUGGCGGCGGAAGCGACGCCUGGGAGCAGGAAGGGAUACAUGAAGAGAGGAUUCGAGUUAGAGGAGAUAGAGGAAGGAUUGGAAGGGUAUGAUGACUUGGAGAAGUCGUCGCUUAUGUCUCAGAAGAGCUUCGAGAAGCGGUUCGGUCAGUCGCCAGUUUUCAUUGCUUCCACGCUAAUGGAGGACGGCGGGAUGCCGGAGGGGACGAACCAGACCGUGCUUAUCAAGGAAGCCAUUCAUGUCAUUAGCUGUAGCUAUGAGGAGAAAACAGAGUGGGGCAAAGAGAUCGGAUGGAUAUACGGCUCGGUGACAGAAGAUAUAUUAACGGGAUUCAAGAUGCACUGCAGAGGCUGGAGAUCGGUUUACUGCACACCAAAUCGGCCGGCUUUCAAAGGAUCGGCUCCGAUCAAUCUCUCCGACCGGCUGCACCAAGUUCUCCGGUGGGCUCUCGGCUCCGUCGAGAUCUUCCUCAGCCGGCAUUGCCCGUUGUGGUACGGCUAUGGAGGAAAUCUCAAGUGGCUGGAGAGAUUCGCAUACACGAACACCAUCGUCUAUCCUUUCACUUCCAUUCCUUUGCUUGCUUACUGCACCAUCCCGGCCGUCUGUUUGCUCACCGGAAAGUUCAUCAUCCCCACGCUGAACAACCUGGCGAGCAUCUGGUUCAUCGCGCUCUUCGCCUCCAUCAUCGCCACCGGCAUCUUGGAGCUCCGCUGGAGCGGCGUCAGCAUCCAGGACUGGUGGAGGAACGAGCAAUUCUGGGUCAUCGGCGGCGUCUCAGCCCACCUCUUCGCCGUCUUCCAAGGCCUCCUCAAAGUCCUCGCCGGCGUCGAUUCCAACUUCACCGUCACCUCCAAAGCCUCCGAAGACGCCGACUUCGGCGAACUCUACCUCUUCAAGUGGACCACUCUGCUCAUCCCCCCCACCACUCUCCUCAUCAUCAACAUGGUCGGCGUCGUCGCCGGCGUUUCCGACGCCAUCAACAACGGCUACGGCUCCUGGGGUCCUCUAUUCGGAAAGCUUUUCUUCGCCUUUUGGGUGAUCGUUCAUCUCUAUCCUUUCUUGAAGGGAUUGAUGGGGAGACAGAACAGGACGCCGACCAUUGUCGUGCUUUGGUCUGUUCUUCUGGCCUCGAUUUUCUCUUUGGUUUGGGUCAGGAUUGAUCCUUUCUUGCCUAAGCAGAAGGGUCCUGUUCUGAAGCAGUGCGGCGUUGAGUGCUAA